CCAAAUUGAUGACGUGGUGCGGUUCCCCUACCGGACGUGAAGGAUGGCCGACCAGAGCAGGCAAAUCAAACUCGCCGCAGCCAAGAAAAAGGUACAAAUUUGAAUUCCCCAUUUCACAGCGAAUAUAACAGGUAUUUCAUCCAUUACUCUGUUCUGGAUUCGAGUUGUCAGUAGUUUAAAGUUUUCACGAACCCGUGUGAUGUUGACAUUCCACGUCCUCGGACCUGUCUGCAGUCGCCCAUCCCAACUCGCAUCCUGCUGUGACUGUUAAUGCGCACGAAAUACCGAGGCUUUGCUUGGGCCUCUAAUCGUAGCAUUAUAGUAAGAUUAUGUGGACGAUUUAUACCGGGCAGGGACUUGUCAACUUUGCCAAUGGUACUGCUCCCUAUGUACAAACCUUCUGUAAUUUGAUCAACCCAGUUGGUCAACUAACGUUUGCUGAUGUUAGCUAGCCAUAGCGAUUUAGCUAACUAUCAAUUAAUUGACAGGUAGUACAAAGCCAGUUGGCACAAGAUGAUUGAUGCUAGCUAACACAAUAUUACAUAGAAUGGGGUGUUCUUUGUUUAGACUUGCUUACAUUCACUUCGUGUAACUUUAGUUAGCUAGCUACGAUAACUAGGAAUGCUAGCUGUCUGACAGUCCAAUAAACAUUCAAAUUUCACCUAGCGUGCCUGCUAGUGUCACUAUAAUUAAUGAAAUGGCCUGUCAGACUAAAGAUAAUGUUACCUUGGCUAACUAUAAAAUGUUUGCUUAGUUAUAAUCUAUUGAGUCAUGUUUGACAGGAAGCAAUGUGUCAGUGAAGAGUAACGUGACGCGUAGUUUUGACAGCAGACGCUCUCUCAGUAGCUAGCUACCUAUAAAUUCUGUAUCUAGAUAGCUAAUCAAAUCAAGCUAUUUUGUUUGAAGAAUAGUUGUCUUGCUCAAGUCAGCAUUUGCGUCGCCUACUAUCUCUUUCGACAUGGUGAUAACCACGUACUGUUGUUGAGAUCCAACUCAGGAAUUUCAGAUGGCAUUCCUAUCUCUGUGUGAUGGCGUUUCCCUAAUUUGUCUCAUGACAGCUGUCACAGCACAACCUUGUGCAUGUGGGCGCAUGCUCUACCAUUACACGUUUAAAAACAAUCACACUUGUGCAGGGGGGUUCUCAUUUCACAUUUUAAAACUAAAAGUACCUUCCUCAAUCUUCAGCUAUUACAGCAAUUGGUUAUGCUAUAAGAUCUUGUUGGACAGUAUUUGAUCUUUCUAAAUAGUAAUUCCAUUGUCACCCAUACCAGGAACAACUGCUCAGUGCAUACUGUAGUCAAAUCACAUGGGCUCUUUCUGAAUAUUCACACUAUUGUAAGCCACACCAAGGCUCUCUGUACUUCCUAUGCAAUAUAAUUAUUCUGCUAAUGUGCUUAGCCUAGCAAAAGUGUGAGUUCCAGACAGUUGAGAGCUCUCAUUGUCCUCUUCCCCUCCUCUCUUGUGCCGGGCAGCUGAAGGAGUUUCAGCAGAAGAGUUCUCCUGCCAGUGGAGGAGGGGGUGGAAAUGGAGGAGGAGGACCAGGUGCCAAGAAGAAGAGGAAGGGAGGGAGCCAACCAGACACACCCUCGGCUGACCGACACUCUCCAGACAAUGUGAGUCACCCAGCUGCAUGCCCGUUGUAUGUAUGUAUGUAUGUAUGUAUGUAUGUGUGUGUGAUGACUGAGUGCUGUUCAUGCACACUGCAACACUGCUUCUUUGCAAGAUUUCACUUGCCGACAAGUGCAAGAAAGCAGUCUGAUGAUACUUCUGCUCUGGAAUAACAUUGAAUGUUCCAGUGCAGCUGCACAUUUUUCAUGUGUGUGUGAGUGUAUCCCUUUGCAAGUUUACUGUCAGUGUUUGUCAUUUAUGUCAGAUUAUGGAAUGUGAAAUGCAGCUAUGCUCCAUCGAUCAAAGGACGUGUCUUCGUCAGGCAAUAACAUACUAUCAUGCUCUGUCAAUUUGUAUUCCCGUCAGGACGUUGCGUCUUAACACACACACCCUUCUGUUUGGAUAAGAAUCAAUAUGAUUAUGUUAAUGUGCGUUUAAUCAUAUUAGAAUGACAUCAGAUUGGCAAUUGUUUCAUAGGAAUGUGGGUGGGGGGGGUAAGGGACAGUCGAUGGUUACUGUAAUAAUUAUAUACAGUGUAUUCGGAAAGUAUUCAGACCCCUUGCCUUUUUCCACAUUUUGUUACAUUACAGCCUUAUUCUAAAAUGGAUUAAAUUGUUUUUUUCCCCCUCAUCAAUCUACACACAAUACCCCAUAAUGACAAAGCAAAAACAGGUUUUUAGAAAUGUUUGCAAAUUUAUUAUAUAAAAUGUACAUAAGUAUUCAGACCCAGAUAUACACUACCAGUCAAAAGUUUGCACACACCUACUCAUUCAAGGGUUUUUCUUUAUUUUUACUUUUUGUAGAAUAAUAGUGAAGACAUCAAAACUAUGAAAUAACACAUGGAAUCAUGUAGUAACCCAAAAAGUGUUAAAUAAAUCAAAAUAUAUUUGAGAUUCUUCAGAUAGCCACCCUUUGCCUUGAUGAUGACUUUUGACUGGUACUGUGUAUGUGGUGUGUGUGUGUGUGUGUAUAUAUAUAUAUAUAUAUAUAUAUAUAUAUAUAUACCUCCCUGACCAAGGCCCUUCUCCUCCGAUUGCUUCUUCAAUUUAAGAAUGAUGGAGGCCACUGUGUUCAUGGGUACUUCAAUGCUGCAGAAAUGUUUUGGUACCCUUCCCCAGAUCUGUGCCUGUCUCGGCGCUCUACGGACAAUUUCUUCGACCUCAUGACUUGGUUUUUGCUCUGAUAUGCACUGUCGAGUCAUGCGUUCUUCUAAACAUGACCCGCCAAACCGCGCUUCUUAACACCCGCCCGCUUAACUCAGAAGGCAGCUGCACCAAUGUGUCGGAGGAAACAUCGUUCAACUGACAGCCUGCAGGCGCCCGGCCCGCCACAAGGAGUCGCUAGAGCGCGAUGAGCCAAGUAAAGCCCCCCCGGCCAAACCUCCCCUACCCGGACGACGCUGGGCCAAUUGUGCGCCGCUCUAUGGGACUCCCGAUCAGAUACAGUCCGGGAUGGAACCCAGGUCUGUAGUGACGCCUCUAGCACUGAGAUGCAGUGCCUUAGUCCGCUGCACCACUUGGGAGGGCCUAUAUAUAUUUUUUAUUUUAUAAAAAAAUAUAUAUAUAAAUAACUGGUUUUUGCUUUAUCAUUAUGGGGUAUUGUCUGUAGAUUGAUGAGGAUUAUUAUUUUUUAUCCAUUUUAGAAUAAGGCUGUAACGUAACAAAAUGUGGAAAAAGUCAAGGGGUCUGAAUACUUUCCGAAAACACUGUAGUUCCUGGAUAUCUUUUGCAGUAUUUGUUUUGCUUUAACUUCUGCCCUAGGCUUCCGGUGGGGAAACCAGUUUUUAUAGACUUUGCUCCCAUCAAGCCAGUCACAAUGACAGUAAUUUUCUUGGAGGAACAUUAUCACCGAGCAAAUCUUUUCUAUACCUCCAGAGAUUGGAACUGAUUGUGAUAAGUCAGUCGCUAACAUUGUCUGGCAAUGAAGCUGCAGGUUGUGGGCUUUCAAAUCUUUCUCUUUCAAUGCCCUUCCACUUUCUCCCGCCCUCAUUUGCUCAUUCACUGUCCCUCUCUCUUUCACCCUUUUCAACUCCCCCUCUCCUCUCCCGUAGAGUCAGAGUAUUCUGAAAGUUCGUAGUCAGACCAAUGGAGUAGCUCUGCCUCCCUAUGGCAACAGCCAGGUGAGCCUAUCUCUCUCCUGCCUUCUUCCCUCUCGCCCUCUCCGGUCUCACUCUUCCCCGCAAUCUCUUCUUUUGUCCCUUUUGUUCUUUUACGCCGUUUCUUGCCGUCUACUUACUUUCACUUGAUCUCGCUCUCUUUGUAUCUGUCCCAUUCCCUCCCUACUUUAUUUUCUCUGUCCCGCCCUGCUUAUUUUUGCUUCUGUUUUGUUGCUUAUGCAACCCAAAGCUGUCAAAGGACACCAGAACAAAAUUGUAGACCUGCACCGCUGGAAGACUGAAUCUGCAAUAGGUAAGCAGCUUGGUUUGAAGAAAUCAACUGUGGGAGCAAUUAUUAGGAAAUGUAAGACAUACAAGACCACUGAUAAUCUCCCUCGAUCUGGGGCUCCACGCAAGAUCUCACCCCGUGGGGUCAAAAUGAUCACAAGAACGGUGAGCAAAAAUCCCAGAACCACACGGGUGGACCUAGUGAAUGACCUGCAGAGAGCUGGGACCAAAGUAACAAAGCCUACCAUCAGUAACACACUACGCCGCCAGGGACUCAAAUCAUGCAGUGCAAGAUGUGUCCCUCUGCUUAAGCCAGUACAUGUCCAGGCCCGUCUGAAGUUUGCUAGAGUGCAUUUGGAUGAUCCAGAAGAGGAUUGGGAGAAUGUCAUAUGGUCAGAUGAAACCAAAAUAGAACUUUUUGGUAAAAACUCAACUCGUCGUGUUUGGAGGACAAAGAAUGCUGAGUUGCAUCCAAAGAACACCAUACCUACUGUGAAGCAUGGGGGUGGAAACAUCAUGCUUUGGGGCUGUUUUUCUGCAAAGGGACCAGGACGACUGAUCCGUGUAAAGGAAAGAAUGAAUGGGGCCAUGUAUCAUGAGAUUUUGAGUGAAAACCUCCUUCCAUCAGCAAGGGCAUUGAAGAUGAAACGUGGCUGGGUUUUUCAACAUGACAAUGAUCCCAAACACAUCGCCCGGGCAACGAAGGAGUGGCUUCGUAAUAACCAUUUCAAGGUCCUGGAGUGGCCUAGCCAGUCUCCACAUCUCAACCCCAUCGAAAAUCUUUGGAGGGAGUUGAAAGUCCGUGUUGCCCAGCGACAGCCCCAAAACAUCACUGCUCUAGAGGAGAUCUGUAUGGAGGAAUGGGCCAAAAUACCAGCAACAGUGUGUGAAAACCUUGUGAACACUUACAGAAAACGUUUGACCUGUGUCAUUGCCAACAAAGGGUAUAUAACAAAGUAUUGAGAAACUUUUGUUAUUGACCAAAUACUUAUUUUCCACCAUAAUUUGCAAAUAAAUUCAUUAAAAAUCCUACAAUGUGAUUUUCUGGAUUUUUUUUUUCUCAUUUUGUCUGUUAUAGUUGACGUGUACCUAUGUUGAAAAUUACAGGCCUCUCUCAUCUUUUUAAGUGGUAGAACUUGCACAAUUGGUGGCUGACUAAAUACUUUUUUCCCCCACUAUAUAUAUAUAUAUAUAUAUAUAUAUAUAUAUAUAUAUAUAUAUAUAUAUAUAUAUAUAUAUAUAUAUAUAUAUAUAUAUAUAUAUAUAUAUAUAUACCUCCCUGACCAAGUCCCUUCUCCUCCGAUUGCUUCUUCAAUUUAAGAAUGAUGGAGGCCACUGUGUUCAUGGGGUACUUCAAUGCUGCAGAAAUGUUUUGGUACCCUUCCCCAGAUCUGUGCCUCGACACAAUCCUGUCUCGGCGCUCUACGGACAAUUUCUUCGACCUCAUGGCUUGGUUUUUGCUCUGAUAUGCACUGUCGAGUCAUGCGUUCUUCGAAACAUGACCCGCCAAACCGCGCUUCUUAACACCCGCCCGCUUAACUCAGAAGGCAGCUGCACCAAUGUGUUGGAGGAAACAUCGUUCAACUGACAGCCUGCAGGCGCCCGGCCCGCCACAAGGAGUCGCUAGAGCGCGAUGAGCCAAGUAAAGCCCCCCCGGCCAAACCCUCCCCUAACCCGGACGACCCUGGGCCAAUUGUGCGCCGCUCUAUGGGACUCCCGAUCAGAUACAGGCCGGGAUGGAACCCAGGUCUGUAGUGACGCCUCUAGCACUGAGAUGCAGUGCCUUAGACCCGCUGCACCACUUGGGAGGGCCUAUAUAUAUAUUUUUAUUUUUAUUUUAUUUAAAAAAUAUAUAUAAAUAACUGGUUUUUGCUUUGUCAAUAUGGGGUAUUGUCUGUAGAUUGAUGAGGAUUAUUAUUUUUUAUCCAUUUUAGAAUAAGGCUGUAACGUAACAAAAUGUGGAAAAAGUCAAGGGGUCUGAAUACUUUCCGAAAACACUGUAGUUCCUGGAUAUCUUUUGCAGUAUUUGUUUGCUUUAACUUCUGCCCUAGGCUUCCGGUGGGGAAACCAGUUUUUAUAGACUUUGCUCCCAUCAAGCCAGUCACAAUGACAGUAAUUUUCUUGGAGGAACAUUAUCACCGAGCAAAUCUUUUCUAUACCUCCAGAGAUGGAACUGAUUGUGAUAAGUCAGUCGCUAACAUUGUCUGGCAAUGAAGCUGCAGGUUGUGGGCUUUCAAAUCUUUCUCUUUCAAUGCCCUUCCACUUUCUCCCGCCCUCAUUUGCUCAUUCACUGUCCCUCUCUCUUUCACCCUUUUCAACUCCCCCUCUCCUCUCCCGUAGAGUCAGAGUAUUCUGAAAGUUUGUAGUCAGACCAAUGGAGUAGCUCUGCCUCCCUAUGGCAACAGCCAGGUGAGCCUAUCUCUCUCCUGCCUUCUUCCUCUCGCCCUCUCUCGGUCUCACUCUUCCCCGCAAUCUCUUCUUUUGUCCCUUUUGUUCUUUUACGCCUGUUUCUUGCCGUCUACUUACCUUUCACUUGAUCUCGCUCUCUUUGUAUCUGUCCCAUUCCCUCCCUACUAUUUCUCUGUCCCUCUGUUAUUUUUGCUUCUGUUCUCUCCUGCAUGCUGCAUGACCCUAUGGUCACUGGUUGCUCAUCAUAGUCAUUUCUCUACAGUGAGGGAAGGGCUUGGUAAUUAUUUAGCCAUUGUUGAUUUAUUAUGAAUGUGCUAGGAUUAAGCCUAGCUAACAGUUUUUUUUUCUGAUUUGGGUCAGUCCAUCAGGGGCAUGAUGUUGAUUUGGUAGGAUGUGUGGGUUUUGCAUGUUUAUAACUUCUGGACCUGAUGUUUGUUUAGUUUAUUUACUAUGCUGGCAUGUCUCCAUCAGUGAAAACAAGAUGUGUGUGCGUGCGUGAUUGUCCGUCCGUCCAUGUGUUGUGAUUGUGCUGCCUGACUGUACCUUGUUUUGUAGGUUAGAAUGAUGUGGACAUGUGUACGUGUGUCCUUUGUGGUUCGAGCAAUUUGGAAACAUGAAAAGUAAUGUCUGUGUGUAUUGCGGCCUCAGGCCCACGUUGAUGGGGAGGUGAGAAGGUCCCCUGUCACCCAGCUACUGGAGGACCCAAACGGAGAGGCUGGCCGUGGCUCCCCUGUGUCUAACCCUGCUAGCUCUAUGUCUGCUACUAACCCUGAGUGUGUCAGCCACGCCCACAACACUGACCUGCAGCAGGUGUGUACCUCCAUCCGUCUGUCUUCGAUCUGGCUCUAUCUCUGUCUUAGUGUUGCACAGUAUACCGAAACUUCUGUACUUUUUCAAUACUAGAACCUGAAAAACCUGAAUUUUUGUUACUGUAGGUACUUCUGUCAAAUUUGUCUCACAUCAUUUACUGAUUUUAAUGGAGGAUCAAGUCUACCUAUCAGCGCAGCCGAUGUCCCCUUAUCGCGCGAGAGUGCCUGCGCCACUUACUCAUGUCUAGCCUGUCCUGAGGAACUACUGCAGUCACUGGGCGUCUGGGCUGCAUUACCACUCAUGCUGCACAGAAGUUAACACACUUGAAUAAUGCAAUACGGCAUGCAGAAAUGUUGAAACUGUUCAUUACUGUUUGCAAAACAAUGUCCAUUACAGGCUAGAACAACGUACAAUGCAAGAAGAUACUGGUAGCUUUCCUUGCUAGUUUACAGCUGAAGCUAACAUCAACUCACCAUCAUAGUACCUUGUUUCUGAUAAUAUGCAAACCAUAGCACAAAGUAUUGCUGAUUGUCACCAAAAACUUUCUUAAUUCACUUCAUCUCCCCUGACUCGUGUCUCUCCCAGUCAAGAUCAUCUUUGCUCAAGCCUCUGUGAGUGAAUGAUGUCAUGGGUUUUAAAGAGACAGCGCACACUUUAUUAAAAUAACAGAUUGCUUCUUCUACGCAAAUGUUGUUGAUCAGUACAAUAAAAUAAGUCAACAAAUGGAAGGGAACCAGAUUGUUUUUUCAUCUGUAGCCCCACGAAUUCAGCCAAAACAAGCUCAAUAACUCAAUGCAUGCACACACUCCAAUUGAAUAUGCAUUCACCUGUAUUAUGAAUAGGCCUAGGCUAUCUUGAUCUACCCUGUUUAACAAUCGAUUAGAGAUUUAUCAUUCAAAUAAAUGAUUACCGUUAUGUAGUUAGAUUGUAUAAUUGAAUCAUUAAUGCAUUCAUUCAAAAAUCAAAAAUUUCAAAUGUAUUGAUACUGAACUCAAAAGAUCAGUCUGGAUCAAGUGCCUUCUUUUUUUCCCUUGGUAUUGUGAUGGUAUUGAGUAUCAAAAUUCUGUUAUCGUGACAACACUUUCUCUCUCUUCACACAUUUUUAUUAAUGAGUAGUCAUUAUUAACAGUGUACAAGGAUGGAUAGGCCUAGCUUGUGUUCAUUUGUGUCUGAAUACAGUUUGUCCUGGUAUGUUGCUUGCUUUGAUAUUUUCUAGUAUCUCUCACAACUUAUUCACCCUCCGUCAGUUUCACUCACAGCAAUUUCCUCUCUUUCUCUUCUUCUCUCUGCCGCAGAACUGCACCCCUGACGCCAACGGCAAUGAAAACCAUGCGGAUGAGAAUAGGUGGGUCGCCUAGUCAUCCAACACACACUCAGUUCCCCUUCAGAAUGUGCCCCCUGGUCCUUACUGCCCCUUCUCUACCCUUCACAGCCUGCAGCUGUUGACCACACACACACACACAGAAUAAGUAGCACAGUUAUGAAGGCUGGCAGUGCAGUUUGUCACAUAUUAAAUGCUCCAUUAACCAAUAAGACUGGUGUGUUACUGUAACAUUGGGCUAAUGUUGUGUGUGUGUGUGUGUGUGUGUGUGUGUGUGUGUGUGUGUGUGUGUGUGUGUGUGUGUGUGUGUGCGCGCGCCAGACCCCUGUCGUCCACAGAGAGCCUGCGGCAGCUCUCCCAGCAGCUCAACGGCCUGCUCUCUGGGGUAUGCGUGUACUUUAUGGCCACAAACAGGAUAAAUUAGGCUUUUAAACUGCAGUCGACCCCCUGAGAAGUGUGCAUUGGAUAAGUGCAAGUCCCUCCCAAUGAUGAUACACUAUCUUACUUGGUUUGGAUAUUUGCUUGCUCCUGGUUUAGUGCAUUGCAUAAUCAGGAGUGCUAUUUGUGAUACUCUCAUUGGCUUUGAGAAGCUUGCUAUAUUGUGGUUCGACUUGUUUUGUUUCUUUCCUAUCUAUUCUAGUCAUCCACCACCUAUGUAAAUGGAGACAGUGCUCCCUCGCCUGCCAAUAAAAAAGAACUGGAGGUAAGUGACACAUCACCACACGUUGCUAUAAAAUGCUAUCCAUUAUUUGUCCUGAUCAGACAAACCCAGUCCCAUUCUCUCCCCAUUUGAAGUUGCCCGUUGUUAAGCCUCAUGGCAUUUGAAUCAGCCUCAGUACAUGAUGUUCACUCCCCUCCGUGUGUGUGUGUGUGUGUGUGUGUGUGUGUGUGUCCAGUGUGUCUACAUACAAACAUCCACACACACCAGAGAAAUCUUGUGGUGUGUGUAGCCCCAGGUUAUGUAGUGUCCUAUCCUCUGUCUGCUCUCACUCCACACAAGCCCCUCCUCUCCUCUCUCACAAUCCCUCAGUUCUUGCUCUCCGUGCAGGAAUGUGACUGGCCCCGGCCACACAGCUCACAUGACCACUCUCCCUCUGCCUGUUCCGGCCCUGCGUCCAGGCUCGGAUUACACACACAGUUGCAGUUUGAUGCAGUCUAUAUAGAGAAUGGACUCUCUCUUUUUUAGGAAAUAACAAUUCCAAAGCCUUGAUUGGAGCUGGCUAUAGGUGUUACUAUCUCCUUAGGAUUUUAAAGGAUACAACAUGUUAUAGUGACUACUAGUUUGUAACUUGUUAAAUUGGCUGAGAUCACAUUAGGAACUUUUAUGUUCUUACCAUGGUUGUGUAGUUCAUGGAUGUGGGUGCACAUUUUGGUGUUUGCCCUAGCACUACACAGCUGAUUCAAAUAACCAACUCAUCAUCAAACUUUGAUUAUUUUUAAUCAGCUGUGUAACCCUGUCUGUCACAUUAGAUUGCACACUCCAGUCUGUUCAUGUAUUACUGCAUGUUCCACUAGCUACCUCUGCCCCUGUCCUCACUGUAUUACCUCACUGAGUACUAGUAGGACCAAAUACCUGCUGUUCACAUUUUACAUCUCUGAAGGAGACCAAGAGAGUGUUAUUUACUUUCACAUUAAUGAUUUACUGUUUGUAUUUCUCCUCUUCCCAUCUGUUUUUCAUUUCUUUCACUUCAAUUCACUCCUUUCUUCCUAUCCUCCCUCCCCUUCUCUUUUUUUGUUGUUGUUGCAUGUGCGCAUGUCAGAGUCGAAACCAGGAGCUGGCAACCGCACUGGACUCCAGCAACCUAACAAACUCUCAGCUCAAUACCAAGCUAGACCUGCUGGUAAGAGUGUGAGUGUGUGUGUGUGCGCAUGCUUGGGAGUUGGGCGUUCAGUAAAUAACCCCUCACAGCCCCCAUAGCAAGACUCAUACCACACCAAGGACACUGACUGGCCACAGAUUGACUAGCAGGUAGCGAAUGACGUGACACUUAACACGUUGGCUAACCCGCAGCUGUGCUGAGUGGCAGCACUGUCAGUUGAUCAUGGCAUGCAUGGUUUUGUUUAUUCACCUCACAAAUCAUUUAAUUGCACUGCACUGUUCUCGUUUGUAACCACCAAGCUUUUACAUGCUCACCAAGAUCUCGACAAUGAAUGAAAUGAGGGAAUGUUUUUGUCAGUCAUUAAUAAUAGACUGCACUGAUAUUGCUUCUGGCGCUAGGUUGCUAACAGCUAACUGUCGCUAACCCCACUGACUAGGCUAGUAAGCUGCUGUGCUGCUCUGACAAUGGGAGGUGCUCAAUAGGUAUUUGACCCCUGAAGAGUGAAAGGAGAUGACAUGUUGUAUGGUUUGAUGGCUGAUUUAGUAUAGAUGGUGGUGGUUUGGAGUCUGAGUUGGGGAUGAUGCUUAUGUCACUGAUUGUCCUCUGUCCUGUUUGUCUGACAGACCAUGCAAUCUCAGGAGCUCACAGAUCAGCUGCAAAAGGUGAGCAUAAAUAUACUGAACAAAAAUAUAAACGCAACAUCUAAAGUGUUGGUCCCACGUUUCAUGAACUGAAAUAAAAGAUCCAAGAAAUGUUCCGUAUGCACAAAAAGCUUGUUUCUCUCAAAUGUUGUGCACAAAUUUGUUUACAUCCCUGUUAGUGAGCAUUUCUCCAUUGCCAAGAUAAUCCACCUGACAGGUGUGGCAUAUCAAGAAGCUGAGUAAACAGCAUGAUCAUUACACAGGUGCACCUUGUGCUGGGGACAAUAAAAGUCCACUCUAAAAUCUGCAGUUUUGUCACACAACACAAUGCCACAGAUGUCUCAAGUUUUGAAAGAGUGUGCUAUUGGCAUGCUGACUGCAGGAAUGUCCACCAGAGCUGUUGGCAGAGAAUUGAAUGGUAAUUUCUCUACCAUAAGCCGCCUCCAAUGUCAUUUUAGAGAAUUUGGCAGUAUGUCCAACCGGCCUCACAACCGCAGAUCACAUCCUGCUUCUUCACCUGCUGGAUCGUCUGAGACCCAUAAACCCGGACAACUGAUGAAACUGUGGGUUUGCACAACCAAAUAAUUUCUGCACAAACUGUCAGAAACCUUCUCAGGGAAGCUCAUCUGCGUGCUCGUCAUCCUCACCAGAGUCUUGAUCUGACUGCAGUUUGGCAUCGUAACCGACUUCAGUGGGCAAAUGCUCACCUUCAAUGGCCACUGGCACGCUGGAGAAGUGUGCUCUUAACGGAUGAAUCCGGUUUCAACUGUACUGGGCAGAUGGCAGACCGCGUGUAUGGCAUUGUGUGGGCAAGCGGUUUGCUGAUGUCAACGUUGUGAACAGAGUGCCCCAUGGUGGCGGUGGGGUUAUGGUAUGGGCAGGCAUAAGCUACAUACAACAAACACAAUUGGAUUUUAUCGAUGGCAAUUUGAAUGCACAGAGAUACCGUGACGAGAUCCUGAGGCCCAUUGUCAUGCCAUUCAUCCGCUGCCAUCACCUCAUGAUUCAGCAUGAUAAUGCACGGCCCCAUGUCGCAAUGAUCUGUACACAAUUCCUGGAAGCUGAAAAUGUCCCAGUUCUUUCAUGGCCUGCAUACUCACCAGACAUGUCACCCAUUUCAGCAUGUUUGGGAUGCUCUGGAUCAACGUGUACGACUGUGUGUUCCAUUUCGCACCAAUAUCCAGUAACUUUGCACAGCUAUUGAAGAGGAGUGGGACAACAUUCCACAGGCCACAAUCAACAGCCUGAUCAACUAUGCAAAGGAGAUGUGUUGUGCUGUAUGAGGCAAAUGGUGUACUGACUGGUUUUCUGGUUCACACCCCUACCUUUUUUUAAAGGUAUCUGUAACCAACAGAUGCAUAUCUGUAUUCCCAGUAAUGCGAAAUCCAUAGAUUAGGGCCUAAUGAAUUUAUUUCAAUUGACUGAUUUCCUUAUAUGAACUGUAACUCAGUAAAAUCUUUGAAAUUGUUGUUUGUUGCGUUUAUAUUCUUGUUCAAUGUAGAAAGACUAUCUUUCUCUCCUCAGUGGAUGAUGACUAUGUUUUCUGUGUGCUUUCUUUAAACAGGAGCGAAAGGAGUUUGAACAGAAAUGUGUGAGGGAGCAAGGAGCCAUGCGAGAACAAUUACAGGUACACACACAUUAAUAAGAAGAAACUUCUUCAAGGUUUUUCAUCCUCUCAGAGCACUUCUCUGAAUCCGUUUGAAGACCUUUAAAAGCAAUUCUCUCAUUUCACUCUGCAGUUCCAGAUCAAAUCAAAUCAAAUAGUAUUUUUUACAACAGGUGUAGACCUUACAGUGAAAUGCUUACUUACAAGCCCUUAACCAACAAUGCAGUUUUAAGAAAAAUAAGUGUUCAGUAAAAAAUAGAUAACGCAAAUUAAAAUUUUUAAUUAAAGAGCAGCAGUGUGCUAUGUAUCUGCCUUAAGUGCCAAUACACCAUGUGUUGUUGCCUAUUUACCCAGGGAUGUACGCACUGAUACACAGAACAAAAUACAUUCUUGUCAUUCCAAGUGAAACAAAGCUUUGAUUUGUAUCUCUGAUAAAUGAUGGGGAUGAUGCAGUGCAAUGACACCAAUGGCAUGAUUCUAUGUAAGGUUAUAUCUGUUUAUUUAAAGAUUGUGUCAUGCGUCUGUCCAUCCUCUUCUCUAGGUCCACAUCCAGACCAUCGGCAUCCUGGUGUCGGAGAAAUCAGAGCUGCAGACCGCACUGUCAUACACACAGCAGGCUGCCCGCCAGAAAACAGGUAAGUGUGUGUACCCUGUGUGAGAAAGAGAAAGCAUUUAAUCGUCCAAGUCUCUGAUGUAUGUCUAUGAAUGUGAGCGUGUAUGUAUGUGAACAUUCUCAGUAAUGUGGUGUGUUUUCACGGGAGGCUGAGGAGAAAGAGGCUGUUGAUGUGUGUAAUAUGAAUGUGUGUAAAAGUCUAUUUGUUUUGGUGGUCAGAAAGCUGAUGUUGUGUAUUUUUCAGGGGAGGCUGAGGAGCUGAGUAACCGUCUCCAGGCCACCAAACAGAGAGUCUCCGAACUGGAGAGAACCCUGUCCUCCGUCUCCACGCAACAGAAACAGUUUGACAAGGUAACUUACUGUCACACACUGAACAGAGACAGUUUUGAGAAGGUAAUUUACAUUCUCACACACAAACACACCAGACUGAUUCUGCUACAGUUACUUUAAUGUAAUGAGCAUCGAUUUGAGCUUUGCAGUAAUGCAUUACAUAUGAUUGAUUUUCUUGUUCUCUUGUGCAGCAUAACAAAGAGCUAGAGAAAGAGAGAGACAACCUGAGGCUAGAGGUGUACAGACUAAAGUAAGUCUUACCUUGAGUAUGCUUCCAUUCAAUUACAGUGGGGGAAAAAAGUAUUUAGUCAGCCACCAAUUGUGCAAGUUCUCCCACUUAAAAAGAUGAGAGAGGCCUGUAAUUUUCAUCAUAGGUACACGUCAACUAUGACAGACAAAUUGAGGAAAAAAAAUCCAGAAAAUCACAUUGUAGGAUUUUUAAUGAAUUUAUUUGCAAAUUAUGGUGGAAAAUAAGUAUUUGGUCACCUACAAACAAGCAAGAUUUCUGGCUCUCACAGACCUGUAACUUCUUCUUUAAGAGGCUCCUCUGUCCUCCACUCGUUACCUGUAUUAAUGGCACCUGUUUGAACUUGUUAUCAGUAUAAAAGACACCUGUCCACAACCUCAAACAGUCACACUCCAAACUCCACUAUGGCCAAGACCAAAGAGCUGUCAAAGGACACCAGAAACAAAAUUGUAGACCUGCACCAGGCUGGGAAGACUGAAUCUGCAAUAGGUAAGCAGCUUGGUUUGAAGAAAUCAACUGUGGGAGCAAUUAUUAGGAAAUGGAAGACAUACAAGACCACUGAUAAUCUCCCUUGAUCUGGGGCUCCACGCAAGAUCUCACCCCGUGGGGUCAAAAUUAUCACAAGAACGGUGAGCAAAAAUCCCAGAACCACACGGGGGGACCUAGUGAAUGACCUGCAGAGAGCUGGGACCAAAGUAACAAAGCCUACCAUCAGUAACACACCACGCCGCCAGGGACUCAAAUCCUGCAGUGCCAGACGUGUCCCCCUCCUUAAGCCAGUACAUGUCCAGGCCCGUCUGAAGUUUGCUAGAGUGCAUUUGGAUGAUCCAGAAGACGAUUGGGAGAAUGUCAUAUGGUCAGAUGAAACCAAAAUAUAACUUUUUGGUAAAAACUCAACUCGUCGUGUUUGGAGGACAAAGAAUGCUGAGUUGCAUCCAAAGAACACCAUACCUACUGUGAAGCAUGGGGGUGGAAACAUCAUGCUUUGGGGCUGUUAUUCUGCAAAGGGACCAGGACGACUGAUCCGUGUAAAGGAAAGAAUGAAUGGGGCCAGGACGACUGAUCCGUGUAAAGGAAAGAAUGAAUGGGGCCAUGUAUCGUGAGAUUUUGAGUGAAAACCUCCUUCCAUCAGCAAGGGCAUUGAAGAUGAAACGUUGCUGGGUCUUUCAGCAUGACAAUGAUCCCAAACACACCGCCCGGGCAACGAAGGAGUGGCUUCGUAAGAAGCAUUUCAAGGUCCUGGAGUGGCCUAGCCAGUCUCCAGAUCUCAACCCCAUAGAAAAUCUUUGGAGGGAGUUGUUUUAACAUCACUGCUCUAGAGGAGAUCUGCAUGGAGGAAUGGGCCAAAAUACCAGCAACAGUGUGUGAAAACCUUGUGAAGACUUACAGAAAACGUUUGACCUGUGUCAUUGCCAACAAAGGGUAUAUAACAAAGUAUUGAGAAACUUUUGUUAUUGACCAAAUACUUAUUUUCCACCAUAAUUUGCAAAUAAAUUCAUAAAAAAUCCUACAAUGUGAUUUUCUGGAUUUUUUUCUCUCAUUUUGUCUGUCAUAGUUGACGUGUACCUAUGAUGAAAAUUACAGGCCUCUCUCAUCUUUUUAAGUGGGAGAACUUGCACAAUUGGUGGCUGACUAAAUACUUUUUUCCCCCACUGUAAAUGGCUGGCCUUUUAUCAUAUUUGCUUGUUUGCUUUGUGGACUAGGUAGGAAAAGGAAUAUAGUGGAAACCACACCGUGUGCGUGAUUGUGAUACAGGGAGAGAGAUGCCUGUCAUCUAUGAGUAGGUUAGGCAAUUCAGAGGCUGUGUGUGUGUACGUUCCAACCGCCUAUAUCUCUCCGUCCCUGUGCAGUAGUGUGAGUGAGGAGGGGAGGCAGCAGAGUUCAGAGCUGUCAGAGCAGCUCAAGCUGAGGGUGAGUGAGAACAGCGCUUUGAGACUGGACCUGGACGAACUGCGCAAGAGACUUGAGAUGGCCGACGUCAUGCUGCAACAGGUUGGUACACACACUCUCACUGACUCUCACUCUCACACCAUACACACACGGUCAUCAUCAUCAUUUGUUCAAUUCUCUCUUUGUUUUUUUAUUCUUAGUUUUCCAGUCAGUCAGGGCCUCCCAGUGCCAACCAGCAGAUGCAGUUACUACUGGAGGAGAAAUUACAGAUUGAGGCGCACACUGCUCAGGUAGGUGUGUGUGUGUGUGCGCGCGCAUUGUGUGGGAUGAAUUCACCUAGAACUGAUUCAAGAUAACGACACAUUUAUAGUAACUUUUGGUGGUCGCUUAUAAUUGUCCUAUUUGAAUUGGAAAUGUAUUUUUUUGCAUAUCCCAACUCUCCCUGAGACACCCUCGGAGAGUAGGGUCAGAGUCUGCAUUAUCAACAGCAACCCUGGAGCAAUUAGGAUUAAGUGCCUUGCUCAAGGGCACAUUGAUAGAUAUUUCACUGUGUCAACUCUGGGAUUCGAACUAGCAACCUUUCAGUUACUGGCCCAACACUAACCGCUAGGCUACCUGCCGACAUUUACAAACGUGUGUAUGCCUCUCUUUAAUGUUUGAGCGCCAUGCCAUUGUGUUAAUGGUCUUUUGGUAUCAUCUAUAGUUGAUGGAGUCGGUGGCCCAGCUGCAGACAGAGAGAGACACCUACGCUGAGCAGAUCCAGGAGGAGGGACAAGUAUGGAAGGACAAGACAGAGCAGCUGCUCUCUCAGGUACACUAUGCUACCACCCCAAUUAGCAGAACCUAUAGAGCUGGCAUAGCCUCUGAACGUAAUGCUAGAAAUACGUAGUCACUUUAAGGAAGGAGUUGAUUGACGUGUGUGUGUGUGUGUUUAGGUGACACUAAUAGCAGAGGAGAGGGACAGGAGCAUCAGUCAGAUCCAGGAGCUAGAAGCCCACAUCACAAACCUGAAGCACGCUGCAGGUGAUACACGCAGCUACCCUCCUUGGUUUGCACAUCAGUGGUUCUCAGAAGAGCUUUCUACCAAAGACAAGCUUUCUGUGUUCAUCCUGUCAAUGAUUAUCAUUAAAAGAUUUGUAUUGCCAUAAGGAAAGAAAAAUGUACUGUAGGUGAAAGGAGAAGAAUAUUCUCAGAAAGAGAGAGAAACGGAUUGUUGUCUCCUCCCCAGCCCUUUUGUCCCAUGAUAGAGAGGCCCAGGCGGAGGCCCAGGCGGAGCCCCAGCCCUCAGGGCCCUCAGAGAGUGAACUGGCCCUCCAGGAAGCCCUCAGCAGCCUGCAGCAGGAGAGAGACACACUCAACACACAGUUCCAGGCCCAGGUGAUAACCCCCCCACACACACACACACACACACACACUACCAGGCAAUAAUAACACACACUGUGUAUAUCACACUCAACUAUGAUGUUGCACUCUGAACACUCCCUGUCUCAUCAAGGUCUUGACUAAUAAGAUUAAUUAUGGGGUGUGUUGGUGCCGGGCUGGAACCAAAUCCUGCACACCCUUUCCCUGUUAUAGAGUCUCACAAGCAAAAACUCACUGUUGUUCCCCUUCCCUUGCUACAGCUACGCGACAACGAGCAGCUGAGUCGUAUGUGCUCGGAGCAGGAGUCCCGUCUCUCGGAGCUGGAGCGUCAUGCGGAGCGCGGGGCCGAGGAUGCAGAGGACCGCAGGCGCAUGCUGGAGGACGUGCAGAGUGACAAGGCCACCAUCAGCCGCGCCCUGGCCCAGAACCGCACCCUUAAAGACCAGCUGGCUGAGCUGCAGAAUGGCUUCGUCAAACUGGUAAGGAGGAGUAUUACCUAUUUACUGUCCUGUUGACUUAUUUGAAGUAUUCACUGAUCUGCCUAGGUUUGAUUGGUGAUAAAAUAAAUGGGUGGAACUGGAAACAUUGUUAUUACUUAUCCAGCCACAUUCAAAACACACACAUUUAUAUUUUACAUUUACAUUUUAGGCAUUAUCCACAGCGACUUAGUUAGUACGUUCAUCUAGGUAGCCAGGUGAGACAACCAAAUAUCACAAUCAUAGUAAGUUAAACUUUUCCUCAAUAAAGCAACUAUCAGCAAAGUCGGUGCUAGUAAAAAAAGAGAAGUGUGAGUGUUAGUGCAAGAAAGGCAAGGGUGUUUUCUUCUUCUUUUUCUCAUAAAUGUGUUGAAUGUCUCUCUGCCGUCCUAGACCAAUGAGAACAUGGAGCUGACCACUGCUCUGCAGUCAGAACAUCACGUGAAGAAGGAGCUGGGACGCAGGAUGGGACAACUACAGGAGGACCUGCACAACUUCAAGGAGCAGGUAGGGACACACCAGUGGAGGCUGCUGAGGGGAGGACGGCUCAUAAUAAUGGCUGGAACAAAUGGAAUGGCAUCAAACACAUGGAAACCAUGGGUGUUCCUCAAUAUGCAUACUACCGUGCUCCACACUCUGAUGCUCCAAGUGCAUUCUCCGAGGACGAUCUCUUGAGUACGUUCUUGUGAGGACGAGAAUGUGGAGAACGCAUAAAACAUUUCAUUUGAGAACCACUCACACCCCCCCUACUGUAUUACCACACACUGCAUUUCCCCAUUUACUGAACCUUCUUCCAGCCAUGACAAUGGCAACAAUGGAGACGAAACAAGAUGUACACAAAGCAAAUGUUUUACUUCAUUUAUAUCAGCUAGAUAUACAGUGCAUUCGGAAAGUAUUCAGACCCCUUCACUUUUUCCACAUUUUGUUAAGUUACAGCCUUAUUCUAAAAUUGAUUUAAAUAGUUUUGUUUCCUCAUCAGUCUACACACAAUACCCCAUUAGUCCCCUGUAGCUCAGUUGGUAGAGCAUGGCACUUGCAACGCCAGGGUUGUGGGUUCGUUUCCCACGGGGGGCCAGUAUGAAGAAUGUAUGCACUCACUAACUGUAAGUCGCUCUGGAUAAGAGCGUCUGCUAAAUGACUAAAAUGUUUUAAAAAAUGACAAAGCAAAAACAGGUUUUUAGAAAUGUUUGCAAAUGUAUUAAAAAUAAAAAACGGAUAUCACAUUUACAUAACUAUUCAGACCCUUUACUCAGUACUUUGUUGAAGCACCUUUGGCAGCGAUUGCAGCCUUGAAUCUUCUUGGGUAUGACACACCUGUAUUUGGAGAGUUUCUCCCAUUCUUCCCUGCAGAUCCUCAAGCUCUGUCAGAUUGGAUGGGGAGCGUCGCGGCACAGCUAUUUUCAGGUCUCCCCAGAGAUGUUCGAUCGGGUUCAAGUCUGGGCUCUGGCUGGGCCACUCAAGGACAUUCAGAGACUUGACCCGAAGCCACUCAUGUGUUGUCUUGGCUGUGUGCUUAGGGUCACUGUCCUGUUGGAAGGUGAACCUUCGCCCCAGUCUGAGAACCUGCUCCAGAGCGAUCAGGACUUCAUCAAGGAUCUCGCUGUACUUUGCUCCGUUCAUCUUUCCCUCGAUCCUGACUAGUCUCCCAGUCCCUGCCGCUGAAAAACAUCCCUACAGCAUGAUGCUGCUACCACCAUUCUUCACUGUAGGGAUGGUGCCAGGUUUCCUCCAGACGUGACGCUUGGCAUUCAGGCCAAAGAGUUCAAUCUUGGUUUCAUCAGACCAGAGAAUCUUGUUUCUCAUGGUCUGAGAGUCCUUUAGGUGCCUUUUGGCAAACUCCAAGCGGGCUGUUAUGUGCCUUUUACUGAGGAGUGGCUUCUGUCUGGUCAUUCUACCAUAAAGGCCUGAUUGGUGGAGUGCUGCAGAGAUGGUUGUCCUUCUGGAAGGUUCUCCCAUCUCCACAGAGUAACUCCAUUGGCUUCUUGGUCACCUCCAUUACCAAGGCCCUUCUCCCCUGAUUGCUCAGUUUGGCCGGGCCGCCAGCUCUAGGAAGAGUGUUGGUGGUUCCAAACUUCUUCCAUUUAAGAAUGAUGGAGGCCACUGUGUUCUUGGGGACCUCCAAUGCUACAGAAAUGUUUUGUUACCCUUCCCCAGAUCUGCGCCUCAACACAAUCCUGUCCCGGAGCUCUACAGACACUUCCUUUGACCUCAUGGCUUGGUUUUUGCUCUGACAUGCACUGUCAACUGUGGGAAAUCAUGUCCAAUCAAUUGAAUGUACCACAGGUGGGCUCCAAUCAAGUUGUAGGAACAUCUCAAGGAUGAUCAAUGGAAACAGGAUUCACCUGAGCUCAAUAUCGAGUCUCAUAGCAAAGGGUCUGAAUACUUAUGUAAAUCGAUAUAUUAAAAAAACAUUAUGGGGCUAUUGUGUGUAGUUUGAGGAAAAACAUUUAUCUAAUCCAUUUUAGAAUAAGGCUGUAACGUAUCAAAAUGUGGAAAAAUUCAAGGAGAAUGAAAACUUUCCGAAUGCAUUGUAUGUUGAAUCGUAAUCUAGCUAGCCAGCUAGUUAAACAGGCAAAAAUGACCUAAAACGAAUGUUAUGCAAAGUAGAUGUAAAUUCGGCAUGGGUUGCUAGCUAACAAUUCUUUGUGGCUAGCCAAUUAGUCCUAUUGACUUACUAUGGAUUUACCCAUUCACUGAAUCUUCCUUCUUCUAGCCAGGACAAUGGCAAUAGAGACGAAACAAGAAAAACACAAAGCAAAUGUUUUACUUCAUAACUAUCAGCUAGCUACAUAGGAAUCUGAAUAAUGUAGCUAACCAGAAAGUAUAGCAGGCAAAAAUUACCUAAAACCAAUGUUAUCCAAGGUAGAUGUCAAUUUUUCAUGGGUAGCUAGCUAACAAUUAUUUGUGGCUAUCUGGCUAGCUAACAGUAAUAGCUAGCCAGUUAGCUCUGUUGACUUACAAUGGGCUUACGACCUACGUACACUACAGUGGGUAUUGUAGGCAGGUAACCAUGCCAAAAUUAACACUGCAUGUAUUUAUUAACAUAUCAAGAUAAAAUAUUGUAGUCAAGCAACAUAUGAGAUGUGAAUAGGCAACAUUUAAUUCCGAAGUUGGAGUGUAUUUUCUCUCCCUUCGGCUCAAAUAAUGAUUAUAUUGAUUUCAAGAAAAGUUGCGUCAUUUUUACAUGGUUGCGUCAUAUUUCUUUGCAUACUUUCCGUUGAAGCUUGCAUCGACGCAUGCUUCAAAAUAUGUACAAAUGGGGUACGCAUUCAAGAAGUGCCCUCCAUGCUUUGUUUCGCAUACUUUGAUUUGGACUCAUACUCCAAUUUGCGUGCUCGGAGCACAGUAUGCAUUUUUAGUAAAACAUUUUACAUUUAAGUCAUUUAGCAGACGCUCUUAUCCAGAGCGACUUACAGGAGCAAUUAGGGUUAAGUGCCUUGCUCAAGGGCACAUUGACAGAUUUUUCACCUAGUCUGCUCGGGGAUUAGAACCAGCGACCUUUCAGUUACUGGCACAACGCUCUGAACCACUAAGCUACCUGCUGCCCACAGCUAGGUGUUAGACACAGCUGUCUAACACCUAAUGUGUUGGACGUAUUUGAUACCAUUCCACUCAUUCUGCUCCAACCAUUACCACGAGCCUGUCCUCCCCAAUGAAGGUGCCACCAACCUCCUGUGGGGGACACACACACAUGCGCACACACAUUUCAUGGUGAACAGCUCCAGGAACAACAUUUGUCACACAGACACACAAUCACACAUGUCUGCUCCAUCCCCAGUUGGAGCUGAAGUCUCUGGAGUACCAGGCGCUGCUGGAGCAGCGGGACCAGAUAGUGGCCCACCUACAGCAGUACUCUGCAGGCUACACGUCCCUGGCGUCAGAACGAGAGCAGCUCCACAGACAGUACCUGCAGCAGAGCCAGCUGAUGGACCAGCUGCAGCAUGAUGAGACCCAGGGAAGGGUUCAGCUGGAGAUGAGCCACAAACAGCUGGAGCAAUACCAGGUCAGGGACCGGGAUGGGGAGACACACACACAUUCAUAAUGCAUCAUUACUGCUGCGCUAGCUGGCUGGCCGGCUGGGUUGUCACUAGUUACCACAGCCACACAGUCAAAAUAGGCUAUGGUAAAAAUUCAUGAUUUUUUAAAACUUAAGCUUAGGCGUAAGGUUAGUAGUGUGGUUUAGGGUUAAGGUUAGGUUCAGGGUUAGGUUUAAAAAUCAGAUUUUAAGAAGAUAAAUUGUAGAAAUGUGCAGGGUUUAUGACUUUGGCUGUGGUAACCCCCUACAGGAGAGGCUGGAGCAGUUGUCCAGAGACAACGAGCAGCUGAAGGCUGAAGUCACUGAGCUGCUCAACAGCUCAGCCCUGGCCACACCCCCCAGAGACCAGGGAGACGGAGUGGAGAGCCAAUCCCUGCCAGAAAGCCCACAGAAGUCCUCCAUCGCUAUCCCAGAAGACUUUGAGAGCCGGGAAGAGAUGGUGAGGAGAAUACACCUAUCAGUGGUUUUAAGUGGGCUCUAGUGUUGUUGCUCCGAAAUGCUACAGAGGGGAGGGUUUCCAAAGCAUCUCUCAUAAUUGUCUCCGAUAAUAAUUCUUCCCUUCUGUCUCUCUCAGGAGGAGUUUGUGCGCGGUGCGGUGGCGCGUGUGGAGGCAGAGCGAGACGAUGUGAGGAGCAGACUGGAGGAGGAGAGGAGACUGCACCUCGCAGCCCGUCACCAGGCUGCAGCACUCAGCAUGGAGCACCAGCACCACAGUCAUGACCAUGAACACAACCAUGACCACGGUCACAGCCGCGACCACACUCACAGCCAUGAUGACCACAGUCACUGUGAACACACAGGUGAAUGGAGGAGGAGAGGUGCAUGCACGUAUGUGUGUGCGCUAUGUGCAUGAUCUGUGUUUGUUUUCUAGGAGCACUAUGCUAGUUUUGAGUGUGUUACCAGUGCAGUGUGUGACCGGUACCCCCUCUCCUGUUAGUCUCAGGUUCAGAGGGCGUACCAGUGGAGGUACACGAGGCCCUGUGUGUUGCCAUGGAGAAGCUCCAACACCGCUUCACCUCUCUGAUGCAAGAGAAGGCUGACCUGAAGGAGAGGGUAGAGGAGCUGGAACACCGUUGUAUACAGCUGUCAGGAGAGACUGAUACUAUAGGUGACACACACUCCUUUAUACAGCUGUCUGGAGAGACACACUAUCACCGCUGUAACUGUCUGUAAAGACUGCCACUAUCAGUGAGACACACACUCUCCACUUCUCUUUUUCUCUCUCACACACACACACACUCUAACAGUGAUGCACUUACAAAUUCAUUCCCAAAAUGUGACAGGUCUUGUCAUCCUAUUCCUUCAUUGUGUGUUUGUCCAGGAGAGUACAUUGCCCUGUACCAGAACCAGAGAGCUGUCAUGAAGCAGAAACACAUGGAGAAGGAGCAGUACAUCAGAAUGUUGGCCCAGGACAAAGAGGAGAUGAAGGUACACAACUCACACACACAGGAAAGUACACAACUCACACACACAGGAAAGUACACAACUCACACACAGGAAAGUACACCACUUUGACCGUGUUUCUGUGCCCAUGCAGGCCAAACUGGCAGAGCUGCAGGACCUGGUGAUGAGGUUGGUGGGUGAGAGGGACGAGUGGUACAGUCCGCUACGCUGGGACGGUGGCUAGCGCUGACGCUACGGCUAACCCUGACCUGCUGCCAGCUGGGGAGGACCACCACGCACACAGACGCAUGGAGCUCAACGCUAUGGGCGGACAAGGUAUGAGCACACGCACACAUAAAAACACACACCUUCUCCCCAUUUCCCUCUGUAGAGCCCAUGGAUAGUCAUUAUACUAACCUCCCUGAUUUCUUAUCUCCUCCCCCCAUUCUCUCUCCAGAGUCUAUGGAUCUAAGUAAAGCUGUGGAGUCUGACUCCACCACCCCUGACACCCCUCACAGUGCCCCGUCAGACUUGGGCCAGGGGCUCCCCCCAGACUCCCAGGCCCUGAUGAGGCACCAGGAGGAUGGCACGGCCAGGCAGAUCAUGCAGCUGCUCCAGGAGAUCCAGGGGCCCCGCUCCGUGCCCUUCCUGGGGGACAACCCCUGCAUCCCCUUCUUCUACCGACCUGACCAGCAGGACGAAGUCAAGAUCCUGGUGGUCUGA